GCUUUCUUUUUUUCUGCUACGCUUGAAUAUAUAUUUAUCUCAUUUAAGUGUAAAAAUUUUUGAAGGUUUCAAGCAAUGCAAACAGACCUAUAGGAUUCCAAGGAUAAUCAUGCGUAACAUUGAGAUCAAAGCUGUAAUUCGAGAUAUUGAACAUACCAUUUCAAAAGCUACAGAGCUGAGCGACACAGCUCAGACUGAAAUCAAACAGCAUGAUAUUUUUUUCAAGACAAAGGAAGGAAGAUUGAAAUUACGAAAGUUUAAGGAUGGUAGUGCAGAGUUAAUCUUGUACAAGAGACCUGAUGUUUCUGGACCAAAGUUGUCUACCUAUGACAAAGUAUCGUUAAACUCAGAUAUUGUUGAGUCAAUUGGAAGUAUUUUGACCCAAUCUAAUGGUAUACUAGGAGUUGUUAAAAAAACGAGACUAUUAUUCAUUGCUGGACAAACUCGAAUACAUAUUGACGAAGUUGAUGGUUUGGGUAAUUUUAUAGAACUAGAGGUAGUGUUGAAAGAAGAUCAGGAUAUAAUAACUGGACAGAAGAUUGCUGACGACCUCAUGCAAGCAUUGUUUAUAAAAAAAGAUGACUUAAUCGCGGAAGCAUACAUAGAUCUGCUUAAUUCCAAAACAUAAAUAUUGUUUAUUCCACUGUUUACUUUAUAUU